GCGCCGAGGCAUCUGGGUAGGUGGCUCUUCCCCGCCUCUCAGCUGAAGGCUGUGACUGCUUCUUCUGUGGCGCCGCUCAUCCAAGGAUGGCUGCCCUGAUUGUAAACAAGUCUGGAGCGGGACUAGACAGUGGCCGGCAGGGCAGCCGGGGGACGGCCAUGGUGAAGGUACUGGAGUGUGGGGUUUGUGAAGAUGUCUUUUCUUUGCAAGGAGACAAAGUUCCUCGUCUUCUGCUUUGUGGCCACACUGUCUGUCAUGGCUGCCUCACUCGCCUACCUCUUCAUGGAAGAGCCAUUCGCUGCCCAUUUGAUAGACAAGUGACAGACUUAGGAGAUUCAGGUGUCUGGGGAUUGAAAAAAAAUUUUGCUUUAUUGGAGCUUUUAGAACGACUGCAGAAUGGACAUAUUGGUCAGUAUGGAACUACAGAAGAAGCAAUUGGAAUAUCGGGAGAGAGCAUCAUUCGUUGUGAUGAAGAUGAGUCUCAUGUUGCAUCUGUAUAUUGCACUGUAUGUGCAACUCACCUGUGCUCAGAGUGUUCUCAAGUUACUCACUCCACAAAGACAUUAGCAAAGCACAAGCGUGUGCCUCUAGCUGAUAAACCUCAUGAGAAAACCAUAUGCUCUCAGCACCAGGUGCAUGCCAUUGAGUUUGUUUGUUUGGAAGAAGCUUGUCAAGCUAGCCCACUUAUGUGCUGUGUCUGCAAAGAAUAUGGAAAACACCAAGGUCACAAGCAUUCAGUAUUGGAACCAGAGGCUAAUCAGAUCCGAGCAUCAAUUUUAGAUAUGGCUCACUGCAUACGGACCUUUACAGAAGAAAUCUCAGAUUAUUCAAGAAAACUAGUUGGAAUUGUUCAGCACAUUGAAGGAGGAGAGCAGAUAGUAGAAGAUGGAAUUGGAAUGGCCCACACAGAACAUGUACCAGGAACUGCAGAGAAUGCCCGGUCAUGUGUCCGAGCUUAUUUUUCUGAUCUGCAUGAAACUCUGUGUCGUCAAGAAGAAAUGGCUCUAAGUGUUGUUGAUGCCCAUGUUCGAGAAAAACUUAUUUGGCUCAGGCAGCAACAAGAAGAUAUGACUAUUUUGUUGUCCCAAGUUUCAACAGCCUGUCUCCAUUGUGAAAAGACUUUGCAACAGGAUGAUUGUAGAGUUGUUUUGGCAAAACAAGAAAUUACAAGAUUACUGGAAACAUUGCAGAAACAGCAGCAGCAGUUUACAGAGGUUGCAGAUCACAUUCAGCUGGAUGCCAGCAUCCCUGUCACUUUUACAAAAGACAAUAGAGUUCACAUUGGACCAAAAAUGGAAAUUCGAGUUGUUACAUUAGGAUUAGAUGGUGCUGGGAAAACUACUAUUUUGUUUAAAUUAAAACAGGAUGAGUUCAUGCAACCCAUUCCAACAAUUGGUUUUAAUGUAGAAACUGUAGAAUAUAAAAAUUUAAAAUUCACUAUUUGGGAUGUAGGUGGAAAACACAAAUUAAGACCAUUGUGGAAACAUUAUUACCUCAAUACUCAAGCUGUUGUAUUUGUUGUUGAUAGCAGUCAUAGAGACAGAGUUAGUGAAGCACACAGUGAACUUGCAAAGUUGUUAACGGAAAAAGAACUUCGAGAUGCUUUGCUCCUGAUCUUUGCUAACAAACAGAUUAAUUCAGAAGUGGGAGUAAGAGAGUCAAGAGACCAGAAACAGGGAGAUGCAGUAAUUUGUUACAAUAAUCCGAGUGUGAGAAGGAAUGCUACCCUAAAUUAA